UUUCCCCUUCCUCCGCGCCGCUUCCUCUGCGCUGGGUCCUCCGCCGCCCCUUUGUUUGCCGGUCGCGGAGAACCCACAGUUAUAUUUAGGCGGCAGGUGUGGGAGCCACAACAAGCCAGGUCGCCAGCCGGUCACCGGCCUCCCCGCCCCACGUGAUGCCCGGGCUCUAUAAAUAGCCCCGGGCCGCCCGCCCCGGGAGCCUCCGCGGAGAGCCAGCGCCCCGCACCGUGGGUCUCCUGGUCGGGGCCCGGUUUGGCCCCGUGCGGAUGGAGGCAGCGGCAGGACGCCCUCACUCUCCGACGCUGCCCACUGCUGACCGGCCUGGGAUCCAUGGAGAGGGCCUCCGGCGGCAGCCCUGAGCGCCGCCGUGUCCAGCGUCCCCGCGCCUGCCGCUGAGGGUGCCCCGUGCCUCUGGCCUGCGCCGUCGCCCUCGCCCGCCCAUGGCCUCCACCCGGCCCAGGGCCACCUGAGCCCCCCGUGCCCUGCCAGGACUCACCGUGCCCUGAUGGGGUGACGUGACCCAGGCCUACUCCUUGGAGCCGCCCGUCUGCCCGUGACCUCCGCCCCAGGGAGGCCCCGUGGGGCAGUGUGCUUUCCCUUCGGUCCUGGAGGGCUCGGGCCCGCCUGAGGGAGGGGUCGCCCACCCGCCCACCCGCCCACCGAUGCAGAGAGGACGUCCCGGCAACCGGUGCGGCGUGGGACGUGGUUGCAGCGGCCAGACUGACUCGGGGCUUUUACAAGUUUUCUUUUCGGAGUUUCUUGACCAUUCUUUUCAUUUUCGCCCUUUUGUAAUUAAUCGUUCCUAUGAUUAAUUGUUUAUAAUUGAUUGCCCAUCUCUGAGAGGCAGGGGCUCCGAUGGCCUGUUAGACUUCUGGGGGCUCUUUCUUGCUUUUCUUUUUUAAAGACUUGGAUUUUCUUUUUUAACCAUCCUACCCCCUCCCAAGUGUUUGCACAAUAUUUGUGCUGGGGGCGGGGGCGGAUUUUUUAAAAAGCAUUUUUCUUUCUUGGACAAGCACAGAGAUCCCGUUCUUGGGUUGUGGGGGGCUGGGGACUCUCCCCACCUGCGUCCCAGCCGCCUCAGGGAGCGGCCAUGGCCCGCAUGAACCGGCCGGCCCCCGUGGAGGUCAGCUACAAGAACAUGCGGUUCCUCAUCACGCACAACCCCACCAACGCCACCCUCAGCAGCUUCGUCGAGGACCUGAAGAAGUAUGGGGCCACCACCGUGGUGCGGGUGUGCGAGGUGACCUACGACAAGGCCCUGCUGGAGAAGGACGGCAUCACCGUCGUGGACUGGCCGUUUGACGAUGGGGCUCCCCCGCCUGGCAAGGUGGUGGAGGACUGGCUGAGCCUGCUGAAGGCCAAGUUCUGCGAUGACCCGGGCAGCUGCGUGGCCGUGCACUGCGUGGCAGGCCUGGGACGGGCUCCGGUCCUCGUGGCUCUAGCCCUCAUCGAGAGCGGGAUGAAGUAUGAAGACGCCAUCCAGUUCAUUCGACAGAAGCGGCGAGGAGCCAUCAACAGCAAGCAGCUCACCUACUUGGAAAAGUAUCGGCCCAAACAGAGACUGCGGUUCAAAGACUCGCACACACACAAGGCCCGAUGCUGUGUCAUGUAGCUCGGGCGCUGGGGCCGGGCUGCCCACCCGGCCUCCCCCAGCAGUGCCCCGGCGCCCCCGCCUCCCACCCUGCUCCACCCAGGCACCCUCGUCUCUGCCCGUCUGUCCCUGCGUCCGUCUGCCCAUCUGCCACUUUUUAGGCCCGCCCUUCCUUUUGUCUCUGGUCUGCCCCGUGUGUCUGUCUCACUGAGGUGUUGUCCGGGGCCCUGGCCUUUCUGCUGUCACCCUCCCUGCCCGGCUCUUCUCUCUGGCCUUUUGUUGGGGGCGGGCAUACUUUUUAACCACUGGGCCCAACCCCUCCUCCGCAGCCCCUCGCCCUGACCUGCUCUCGGUCCCUUAGAUGAUUGGGUCUGAGGGCGGCCAGUUAUUCCGGACACUCGAAGGCAAUAAACCAGGACCCUGUG